GCGGCUGCAAGGGAUGGGGGCGGGAGCCGGCGCGACCCCAGCCCCUUGGGCUGUGCGGAGAGCCGCUGGAGUGCUGCCCGAGGGACAGCUCGGGCCACAGGGUGGCAGCUGCAUGCGGAGGAGCCCAGCCAGGAGAUGUGCCGGCCGGGCUGCGUGGGGGCCGGAAGUCCCUGGCGGCGGCCAGUGGACUAGCUGCUUUCAGCUAGGGCCCGAGUCCACCCAGCUCCACUGACCUGGAGAGUGAGCACCCCGGCCUUUCUGGCCCGAGUUGCCCUCCUAAAGGGAGGGGCCAAUGCUCAAGGCUCCGCCCUCCAGACGCGUGUCCCACGUUGUGCGGGGAGGGAGUCCUUUAAGAAACCUGAGUGACUCUCGUAGGAGGGGAGAGGGGGCUCUAAGAUCUCCUUGAGACAGCGGUGCCGAGAAUCUAUGAGGAUCUUCCUUGCACCCACUCCAAACUCCUUCAACCGUACAGCCAGGUUAGAGGCCCUCCCAGGUGAGUUCCUGUCCCUCGAGUGGGAUCUUCUCCGCGGGUCAGGGCUUUUCCAAGAUCAGAGCUUUCCUGACUGGUGAAAGCUUCCCACAGGCUAGAGCUUUCCCCCAGGUAAGAUCCCCCUGUUAGAUAAAUUCCCAGGUGAGAGCUUUUCCCCUUUCCAUCGGGAGCCUCCCCCCAGGUCAGAGCUUCCCCUAGGGAAGAGUUACCUCUAGGUGAGAACCCUCUUCCUCUAGGUCUUUUCUUCCCAUGUGAGAGCUUUCUCUGACUUCAGGUAGGAGCCUCUGGGCAGAAGGAAGAUUCCCCCUAUGUCAGAACUUGCCUGGCUGGUAAACAUUUCCUGGCAGGUUAGAGAUCCCUCUAGCUGAGAUUCCCCUUGAAAGCUUCUAUUCCCAGGUGAGCUCUUUCCCCCACUUCAAGUGGGUACUUCCCUUUCCAGGUGGGGUCCUCUCCCUCUAGGUGAGAGAUUCCCGCUCCAAGAAAGACCUUUUUCUCAGGUGAGAGCCAUUCCUUGGCUUCCCCAGACCAGGCCUGAGCUGUCUACCACCUGGACCCUGGGGCUGGAGGCCCAGGGGCAAGCUUGGCCCCAAUACUUUCCUUCCCUUAGAGAGGUGGGUCUCAUCUGAGGCCUGAGGCUUGGGAAGGGAGUUGCUUGAGGAACUGGACCCCUGGUUUGCUGGACCCCUUCCCUGAAUGUGCUCUCAGCCAGCACUGGGCUCCCAGGGCAGCUGGAGGAGGACCGGGGGACAGGACAGGGAUUGGCUAGGGGAGUGGGAUUGGCACGGAGAGGGGCAACCUGGUACUUGGACUGGUGGAAUGUCCAGCACUGGGCAGCCAUAACUUGGCUGGAGGUAUAGAUCAUGCUCAUCCUGCAGUCCCUUCUUGGGGAACUUUGUCCUAGAAGGAGGCUUCCACCAGCCAAAGUUCAGGUACUGCCCCUGUCUGGGUUUGGGCAUGUGGCCCACAGAUGCCAGCUGGGGGCUGGAAUACUGUACCUUGAUCUUGGGGCCUGGAAAAAUCAGACCGAGGGACACACAGGCACUGCUGCCUACAACACAAGCAAUGGAGCUGCGGAAGCGAGACUACCACAUGGAACGGCCGCUGCUGAACCAGGAGCAACUGGAGGAACUGGGGCACAGGGGCUCAGCACCUAGGACCCACCAGUGGCAGACCUGGUUGCAGUGCUCCCGUGCUCGGGCCCAUGCCCUUCUGCUCCAACACCUCCCGAUUUUGGUCUGGUUACCCCGGUAUCCUGUGCGUGACUGGCUCCUGGGUGACCUGUUAUCCGGCCUGAGUGUGGCUAUCAUGCAGCUUCCACAGGGCUUGGCCUACGCCCUCCUGGCUGGAUUGCCCCCCGUGUUCGGUCUCUAUAGCUCCUUCUACCCUGUCUUCAUCUACUUCCUGUUUGGCACUUCCCGGCACAUCUCUGUGGGGACCUUUGCUGUUAUGUCUGUGAUGGUGGGCAGUGUGACAGAAUCCCUGGCCCCACAGGCCUUGAAUGACUCCACGAUCAAUGAGACAGCCAGAGAUGGAGAUGCUGCCCGGGUGCAGGUGGCCUCCACACUCAGUGUCCUGGUCGGCCUCUUCCAGGUGGGGCUAGGCCUGGUCCACUUCGGCUUCGUGGUCACCUACCUGUCAGAGCCUCUGGUCCGAGGCUAUACCACAGCUGCGGCUGUACAGGUCUUCGUUUCACAGCUCAAGUAUGUCUUUGGGCUCCAUCUGAGCAGCCACUCUGGGCCACUGUCCCUCAUCUAUACAGUGCUGGAGGUCUGCUGGAAGCUGCCCCAGAGCAAGGUCGGCACCAUGGUCAGCACCAUGGUCACCGCAGCUGUGGCGGGAGUGGUGCUCGUGCUGGUGAAACUGUUGAAUGACAAGCUGCAGCAGCAGCUGCCCAUGCCGAUACCCGGGGAGCUGCUCACGCUCAUUGGGGCCACAAGCAUCUCCUAUGGCGUGGGUCUGAAGCACAGAUUUGAGGUAGACGUCGUGGGCAACAUCCCUACAGGGCUGGUACCCCCAGUGGCCCCCAACUCCCAGUUGUUCUCAAAGCUCAUGGGCAGUGCCUUCGCCAUCGCCCUGGUUGGGUUCGCCAUUGCCAUCUCACUGGGGAAGAUCUUCGCCCUGAGGCACGGCUACCGGGUGGACAGCAACCAGGAGCUGGUGGCCCUGGGCCUCAGUAACCUCAUCGGAGGCAUCUUCCAGUGCUUCCCUGUGAGUUGCUCUAUGUCUCGGAGCCUGGUACAGGAGAGCACCGGGGGCAACUCACAGGUUGCUGGAGCCGUCUCUUCCCUUUUCAUCCUCCUUAUCAUUGUCAAACUUGGGGAACUCUUCCGUUGCCUGCCCAAGGCAGUCCUGGCGGCCAUCGUCAUUGUGAACCUGAAGGGCAUGCUGGGGCAGCUCAGUGACGUGUGCUCCCUCUGGAAGGCCAAUCGGGCGGAUCUGCUCAUCUGGCUGGUGACCUUCAUGGCCACCAUCCUGCUGAACCUGGACCUUGGCCUGGUGGCUGCAGUCAUUUUCUCCCUGCUGCUUGUGGUGGUCCGGACGCAGAGGCCCCACUACUCUAUCCUGGGGCAGGUGCCAGACACAGAUAUUUACAGAGAUGUGGCAGAGUACUCAGAGGCCAAAGAAGUUCCAGGGGUGAAGGUCUUCCGCUCCUCAGCCACCGUCUACUUUGCCAACGCUGAGUUCUACAGUGAUGCACUGAAGCAGAGGUGCGGUGUGGAUGUCGACCUCCUCAUCUCCCAGAAGAAGAAGUUGCUCAAGAAGCAGGAGCAACUGAAGCUGAAGCAACUGCAGAAAGACAAGAAGCUUCAGAAACAGGCUGCCUCCUCCAAGGACACCUCAGUUUCCAUUAAUGUCAACAGCAGCCUGGAAGACAUGAGGAGCAAUAACGUUGAGGACUGCAAGGUGAGCCCAGAGGAUAGGAUGGAAGAUGCAACAGCCAGUGGUCAAGAAGACUCCAAGGCCCUAGAUGUGUCCACACUGAAGGCCCUGGGCCUGCCUCAGCCAGACUUCCACAGCCUCAUCCUGGACCUGAGCGCUCUCUCCUUCGUGGACACUGUGUGCCUCAAGAGCCUGAAGAAUAUUUUCCGUGACUUCCGGGAGAUCGAGGUGGAGGUGUACAUGGCAGCCUGCCACAGCCCUGUGGUCAGCCAGCUUGAGGCUGGGCACUUCUUUGAUGCAUCUGUCACCAAGAAGCAUCUCUUUGCCUCUGUCCACGAUGCUGUCACCUUUGCCCUCCAACACCCGAGGCCUGUCCCCGACAGCCCUGUUUCGGUCACCAGACUCUGACUGUGCUGCAACCUGCCUGAGACUGUGUACCUUUGAAGGUUGUGACAGGGCACCCUUGAGAAGCUCCUCACCCCUAGACCACCUCCAGGUGCUACCCAGGAGGCCCCUCCAUGUACAUACACACAACUCAGGGAUGGAGGUCCUGGGACUCCAAGUUCAGUGCUCCAGGCCUGGGACAGGGGACUGUAGUCAGGCUGGCACUGGCUGGGUACAGGGAGGGAACUGGUACAUGUUUUAGCCUCAGGAAUAAAGGUUUGUCUGGUCAA